UUAUGAUAACGAAGGCUUAUAAAAGCAACCGAAUUAAACCAGAUUGAUUAUUUACGCCAGCUAAAUGACAAUGGAAACGUAUUACAGAUUAUUACGACCUGAUGAAAACCCUAGCUUGGGCCUAUUUGCGAAAAACCAAUUUUCCGACGUCUUCAGUGUCGAAGAUCAUGUGACAAAUGGAUCGAAAGCGGGAUACGAUUCGCGAUACAUUUCCUGUUGCAAGACAUGGGAAGCAGUUGUAGAUUUUGCUGCUAAUACGUUUACAAAUCCAAAAAGGAUUGUACAGAUAACCAUAAAAUAUCCAACAAUCCAAAGAAUAGAUUUGACGGAUCCAACUAAGCAAAUGAUGUAUUUUCCAUGCAACCAAAAAGCAAUAAAUUAUGUCAACCGUUUUCAGGAGGUAUUGAUCCUGGACAAGGUUCCUCCAGAUUGCCUUUCCGCCCCCGUGGUUUUACCGUCGUAAAACUGAUAUACAUUCAAUAUUUGGCACUAACAUUUUAGA